CAUUAUCUGAAGAGGAUAAAGUACGGAGGUUUGGGUUGUUUAAAGGUCUCAAAGUCGCUAAAUUCGAUUGGUUUAUAAAGUUACACUUUGGAAAUUGGCCUGUCAUCCAUGAUCUUAAUUAUGAGUCCUGGGAUUCAAUGCUGAAUUCCAUUAAGCGAAGAAUGUCAAAUCUUUACAUGGAACAUCAUUAUAUUCUUGAUAAUAAGAAGCUUUAUACAAAUGAUAAAUCCUAUUUUGAAAAUAUACUCAAUGAAACAAUUAAUGAGUCACGUUUAAUGGAUGCUCUCUCCAGUAUAACACGCUAUCUUUAUGAAUAUUUUG